AUGUCGGCGGCAGACCAGGCCAGCAUGCCUAUAAGCAGCAAUGGAGCGACCGAGGAAGCGAGACUUUCAGCGGCGGAUAAGGUGCCCAACAGCCCCUCGUCCGCCUUUGCAGCCCUCUCGCUGUCCGACGACCCCUCCUCCUCCUCCUCCGUCCUCACACCGACUCAUCUCGCAGAGCUGGACUCCGCGACCGCCCUCGUGCACGCCCUCGACGCCGCCCGCUCUCGUCCCAAACCCCUCAUCCGAUCCACCGGCCACCUCGUCGCCUCGCACCACCUCCUCUCCUGGAAAGUGUCCGAAUUCGCCUAUCGCAAGUCCACCUCCACAGGCUCUGAGCUCCCCACCCUCGCUCGCGGCCUCUUCACCGAGCGCAUCGACUCCCCCUCCUCCUCCUCUUCGCACCGCAUCGUCGUUCGAGGGUACGACAAGUUCUUUAACCUCUCCGAACUGCCCUGGGUCAAACCUGCGUCCAUCGCUGCAUACACAACACCGCCGUACGUCAUGACGUUCAAGGAGAACGGGUGCAUCAUCUUCAUCGCCGCUCUCUCCCCCACACAACUUGUCGUUACAUCCAAACACUCGCUUGGUCGCAACGAGAAUGCCGAGAUCAGCCACGCGCAGAAGGGAGAGGAGUGGUUGCGCCGCCACCUGGCCUCGGUGGGGCGGACGGAAGAGGAGCUGGCGGCCGAGCUGUGGAGGAGAAACGAGACAGCAGCGUUCGAGCUGUGCGACGAUUCGUUCGAAGAACACGUUCUGGCGUACAGUGAAGCGCGAUCGGGCCUGCAUCUGCACGGGUUGAACUCGAACUCGGUCGACUUUCGAACCCGGGGGAUGCGCGAGGUGGACGACUUUGCAAAGGAAUGGGGGUUCAUACCGACACGAUGGCUCGAGCUGGGCUCGCUCAAGGAGGUGGAGAGGGUGACGUCCGAGAUCGAGCAGACGGGCGCAUGGGAGGGCGAGGCUAUUGAAGGCUUCGUUAUCCGUACGCACAUGCCCGGUGAGGAGGAGAUGGAGAGGUUGAAGGGGGAGAAAGGCGUAGUGUCUCCGCCGUACAAGGCCGGACAGGCGUGGUUCUACAAGGUCAAGUUCGACGAGCCGUACCUGAUGUAUCGGGAUUGGAGGGAGUUGGCGCGCAAGAUGGUGAAGGAGAAGGCCGAGUGGGAGGCCAAGGUUGCCACCCUUCCUUCCUCAUCCUCGGAAUCUACCUCAGACGCACCGACACCACAGCCCACCGAACCUGAACCCGAAGAAAACGGGGAACCGACUUCCAAAGCAGCCCUCAAGCGCCAGCGCAAACAACAGGCCAAGCAGCACGCCGCUGUCGCUGCUGCCUCACGAACCGCCGCCAUCGCCUCCGGCCUUCUCCCACCCCCACCUCCCAACCCUCGCUCCUCCCGCCCCGAAACAGCUCAGUUCAUCCAAUGGUGCUACGACCGACUCUACGGGACUCCCACCGUCCCCGCUCAACCCUCUCUCUUCGCAGGUCUUACGCAGAACAAAGGCAUCAUCGCCAUGCGUACCGCUUUCCUCUCGCACCUCUCCACCCUCCCAACCACCUCUUCCCCACCAGAGUCGGCAGAGGACACGCGGGAGUUCACCAAAACCCUUCUUGUGCCAAUCGCUGUCCCCGGAUGCGGCAAGACGAUCCUCGCUCUUGCCCUGUCGCACCUGUUUAGCGUGGGACAUGUGCAGUCGGACGAGUUCAAAAAACGUACCGGCUUUCUCUCCGCGCUCGAGAAGGAUCUGCGAACGCACGCGGCAGACAAGGGGUAUGUGUUGUUUGCGGAUAAGAACAACCAUCUGUUCCAGCAUCGGGAUGAACUUUUGUCGCUCGCUUCGACUUUGUCCACCCCGACUGCCGGGGGGGUGGGGAAGGGGAAGGCAAAACCGGAUGUGGGAAGGGUAAGGACGAUUGCUCUGGCAUGGGAGUUGGACAGUCUACCGUUGAACACGUUGCAUCGCAUCUGUGCGGCUCGCAUCGAGCGCAGGGGGGACAACCAUCAGACCCUGAUCGCCGACCCGGACGCGAGCACGCUGAGUGGCAUGCGAUCGCACGAGGUGGUGCUGUGGCGAUUCUUGGAGGCGCUGCAACCGUUUGGCACGGGUGGACGGGGCGAAGGCGGGGAAGGGUGGGGUGAUGCACGGUUCGAUCAGGUGGUGCGGUUGAAGGUGGGGGAUAGUGCGGGGGAGAAUUUGCGUAGUGUGAUCGAGGCGCUAGGGUGGGCGAUGCCGGACGAGGGGCGGCUGCGAGAGGCGAUCGAGAGGGCGGAGGGGUGGAAGGUGACCAAGAAGGCGAGUGUGGUGGAAGCGAGGAAGGAGCCGAGGUACUUUGGGUUGGCUGUCGAACUGGAUGUUCGCGGGCUGCUCGACUCGCUCCUCUCCACCACGACCACCACCUCCUCCGACGAGGACUUGGAGAACUUCUACACCGACAUGCGAGAGCAAGGUCGACUCAAUCAACGACCGCACAUCACCCUCGUGCACAACUCGUCCCUCUCCACCCCCGAAGGCGACGCCAAAUGGGCCUUCUACACGUCCCUCCUCUCCACCCCCACCGCGAAGGAGGCGUUCAGCGUCACCUUGAGCACGCUCCUCUACGAGCGCGGCAAGGUGCUGACCUUCCCGAUCGACGCGGUGACCGCACCCCAAGGCAUCGCGGAGAGCUUUCAGGAGAUGCAUUACCCCCAGGAAGGCGAGAGGUGGGUACCGCAUAUCACGCUGGCGACGCACGAGGAGGUCAGGCCGUACGAGGCGAAUCGCGUGGUGAGCGAGUGGAAGACUGGCCAAGCGGCAGAGCGGGGGAUCCAGGUGGUGAGGCUCAAGCAGAGUGUCACUGUGCCAGCGAGGGUGUUUGGCAUGUCGUAG